CGGAACACUGAAAAAAACAACCCGUCUUCUUCAGUCGGCAGUCGGAUAUUUUCAACUAUUUCUUCGAGAUCACGGAAAAAAUCUGUCCAAUUUAUGUGUCCCCGCGUUGAGGUGUGUUUCUACAUUCUUACAAAUGAGAAUCGACCAAACGGAAAUCACACAGACCCAGCAGAUGCUGAGAAGCCGAACGUGUCUGACAUCUGCAAAGAUAGAAACGUCUCUUUUAUUCCUAACCUUAUCUAUGAUGAAAACAGAAGAUAAUUACAUAGUUGGCAUGUGCCAGGAUAUGUGUCCAGUCAGUGAAGUUAAAAUGAGGAUCUCAAAAAAUUUAGUUCACGAUUUAGAAAAAUCGCACGGAGAGUUAAUCAAAUGCUACAAACGGUCUGCAGCUGGGACGGAUAUAAGCAAUCCAAAAACCUUAAGACCGCCUAAUGUCCUUGAAGAAACAGUCCAUUAUUUGUUCAAUAAUGUAUUGAUGAACAAGAGUAAACAGUUCCAUGUGGUGUACCAGUUCGUCGAGGACAGGCUCAGGGCUGUACGACAGGAUUUAUUUAUACAGCAGCCUUCGCCCGACAAGUGUUUUCCAGUUUUGGAGCCCAUUGUCAGAUUCUACAUCUACUCAGCUUACAGACUCUCGGAGAGUCCCUUGGAAGAUUUCGACCCAGUGCUUAAUCACAACCAGCUUCUUGAAACGUUCAAAUGGCUGUUGAAACUCUAUGACUCAUGGAAUCAUAUAAGUCCAGAACGGUUUGAAAUUGAAGCUCUUUAUUCUGCGUUCAACCUUGGUGAACCAUCAUCACUUUUUAGAUCACUCACUCUGCCAUCCCGGCUAAGACGAGGAAUAGUACUGACAGCCGAGCAGCUGAGUAUAUCAUGGUAUCUAGGAAAUUAUGCGAAAAUUUGUAAAUGCUUGUCUGACCUACCAGUCUUGAUGGCUGCCUUGAUUUAUGCAGUCCAACAGCCCUAUAUAAAAAGGCAUGCUCUAAGAGUGAUGAACUCAGCCUAUUCCAGCAAAGUUCUCACUGUUCCAUUGUCGUUGAUAAAGGAUCAGCUGCUGUUCAACGAUGAAAGAGACCUCUUGAGUUACCUUUUCGAAUGCAGUUUGGAAACGGUGAACGGCGAGACAAAAGCUGUCAAGUUUUCAAAAAAUAACGCAAUUUCAGAGAGACUUCCUCGUCGCACUCGGCUGGAAUCCAUUGAUCGCCGCCUAGAUGAGCAGUACCUGCCGGAUCUCUUAUUAACAACGCCUUCUUUAUAAAUAAAAAAUGAAGUAUACACAUCAUAGUUACUAAUGACACUUUCACUUCUCCGUUUAUAAUUGGUGGAAUACUGUAAAACUUGUACAAUAAAAUAUAUUUUUA